AUGGCCGGUGUUUUCAAGCAGACCCUGGACUCCCUAACGACGAGCUCGAAGAAUUCCCUCAUCGUCGGGGUGAUCAUCAGCAACUCGAAUAUGAGAGAAUUUGAAUCCAGAAAUUCAUGGUUCCACACCGGGACCAGAGGAGUGUGGAGCUUCACUUUCCGAGACUCGCAAAAAGAUUUCACAAACGUAACGGUCUGGGGAAGCGCCGACUACAUCAGGGGUUUAACGGCAAGAUUCCAUAUAGGAGACGUCGUGGAAAUCGUGAACGGCAAGGCCGUGGAGCGCCGUCCGAACGACAGGAACGAGGAGUUCUCGCCGUCCAUAAGCUGUCCCUUCGCGUUGACUCUGAACGAGGGCACCUCCCUCAUCGAGAAGUACGAUGCACCGAACCGAGGAGAGUACCUGAAGCUGUUGGCUCUACCCACGAAGAGCGUUCAACGCGUCAUGCCGCUGAAAGUCGUCCUGGAGAACGUCGACGGCAUGACCGACCAAUACGUCGACCUCCUCGUGCUCGUCGUCUUCCUGAGCGACAUUCGCGAGAUGGUAACGCGAAACGGAAAAAGCCAGGCUUGUCGAGACUUCGAGGUGAUGGACGAGUCGAGCGAAGCUCACGUCCGACUCCGACUCUGGGAGGUCGACUGGGUCCAUCGCUCCGCAGCCUGGAAACCCAGAGAAACCGUCCUCUUCUUGGCGGACGUCAGGAUCGCCCUGAAUCCCUUCAAAAAGAGGAACGUCCCCUUGUUAGCGAGGAAGACUUUGAUAACCGAGAACCCGACCAUCCCUCAAACCGAGCAACUGAGGACUCUCAUCGCCUCGAGACCCGAGAACUCCCUGGACAACGCCGCGGAUUUGAUAAAUCGUAAAAAGAAAUUCAUCAUCUCGGAAAUGCAAGUAGAUGCACGUAGAGAAGGUAUCCUGAAAGCAUCGUCCACCUUUGCAGCCGAAAACAUCAAGACCGUGAUGACCAUCGAGCAGAUAAUCCAGAGACUGGACCAGAGGGACGAGAACCUGGACGAGAGCGUCAGAGAACAGUUCGCAACGAUAGUCUUCGCGGUGGUCACCGACAUGAACGCGGACAAUUCGGAGCCUGGGCUGAUCGUAACGAGAUGCUCGCGGUGCAAGAGGAUGGUACCCCCUUCGCAGGACUCUUGCAUGAACUUGGACUGUCCCUUCGGGAACGGCACGCGAGCCCCGGAGAACGUAAGGACCUUCAACCUCAGGCUGAACCUCAAAGACGACACGGGGUACCUGAUCGGCUGCAAGGCCACCGGUAAACCCGCGGAAGAGCUCCUGGGCUGCGACCCCGAAGAGUUCGAGGCCAUGAGCGUCGAGGACAGGCAGAAGAUCAAGUGGAGGUUCCUCAUGGAAAAGUGCGACGUCCGCCUGAGAGUCCUGGGCCCUUCGUCCAACUGGCCUCGCCCCUUGUACCAGAUAAUGUCCAUCCGGGCUCUUCGAGGACCCUCCACCGAAGAGGAAAGCCACUCGGAUUCCUUAUAA